AUGGAAGAAGAAGAAACUCAAAAUCUGUAAUUAAGAUAAUAGGAUGUCGAAGAGAAUUUAAUUCCUUAGUUUAAAAUUAUGUCAUUAAGGGAUGGGAAUCAUAGAAAGGUUUAAUUGCAAAAUAACAAUAGUAAUAAUCAAUCAGAUAUUAGACAAUCAUAAUAAAAUCUUAUUGAACAGAGCAAAGUGACUCAAUAUUAUCAACAAGCAAACACAUUGCUUUACGACUUAAGAAAAGAAUAUUUAGAAACAUUGGAAAAACAGAAAAACUAGAUUGUUGAAGAAUGA